UAUAUAUAUAUCAUACAGUUUGAUGAUUUAGCUGGGAAUUAAGGACAUGAAUAAUCCUCCAUUUUCAUCAUCUUCUUCUUCUCCUAUGUUCUUCAUGUUCCUUAUCUUCUUCGUCAUAGCCCCUACUUUGAGCCUCUCCAACAAACCUGAAGCUUCUAUAAAAUAUCUUAAAAAUUACAAUCAACUUCAGCUUCCGAAAGUAGUUGGGCCAGAAAGCAUUGCCUUUGAUUGCAAAGGAGAAGGACCAUACGUAGGAGUUUCAGAUGGUAGAAUUCUCAAAUGGCAAGGACCACAUUUGGGUUGGACUGAGUUUGCUAUCACUUCACCAAAUAGGCAAAGAAAUUUAUGUGAUGGUUCAACCAACCCUGACAUAGAACCAAAGUGUGGAAGACCAUUGGGCCUCAAAUUCAACCCCACAAGCUGUAACCUCUACAUAGCCGAUGCAUAUUUUGGUCUCCUAAUGGUAGGACCAACUGGUGGUGCGGCCAAACAACUUGCAACUUCUGCUCAAGGUAUUCCUUUUCGUCUCACAAAUGCUUUGGACAUCGACCCUCAAACCGGUGUCGUUUAUUUCACCGAUGCUAGCUUUCGUUUCCAAAGAAGAGUUUGGUUGCUGUCUAUUCUAACGGGUGACAAAACCGGAAGAUUAAUGCAAUACGAUCCAAACACAAAGAAAGUGAAUGUCUUGCUAAAAGGAUUGGCCUUUGCAAAUGGUGUGGCUCUAAGCAAAGACAACUCAUUCCUCCUUCUAGCUGAAUCCACCACAAGCAAGAUUAUAAGGUUUUGGCUUAGAGGGCCCAAAGCUCAAACCUCAGAAGUUUUUGCCCAAUUGAGUAGAUCCCCGGAUAACAUCAAAAGAAACAAGAAAGGAGAAUUUUGGAUAGGACUAAACAGUGGGAGAGGAAUUUUUAAAAGUAAACAAUUAUUACACUUUGAAGAUGAAAUCCCAUGGUGGAGAAACGAUCCUGUGGCUACUAAGUUUGAUGAAGAAGGAAAAGUUUUGGAGGUCUUGGAUGGGAAUGGUGGUACCAAGUUCGAUUCAAUUAGUGAAGUUGAAGAACAUAAAGGUAAUUUGUGGAUAGGCUCAGCAGUAAAACCUUAUGUUGGUUACAUCAUGGUUUAGCCAAUAGAUUGAUUUUUCGGUACAAUUAAGACUUCAUAUUACAUGUAUAUGUAGGAAAUUUGAUUAAUGUUUUUCUUUUCGAGAAAAAAAAAAUCAUAAUUUUAUAUUAAUUUUAUUUUGGUAAUUGUGAAGGUGUAUGAUGGAUAAGAGGUUUUGGUCCUUGUAAAGAUGAACAAGCCGCUUAUGUUGAUAAGAGUGGCCAUAAGCUAUAGCUACAAUUUGAUCCGCUAUGAUCUUUGUGAUCUUCUCAUUUAUAUGUAGUGGUAUAUCUAUUCUGUUAAAUGAUUUAAUUGGGUGUCCCUCAAAAAAAGAAUUAAUUUAUUGGAGA